AUGAGCGCUUCUGGUUACUACGAACUAUACCGUAGAAGUACGGUCGGUGCUACUUUGGUAGAUGCUCUCGAUACGCUUAUAAGCGAUGGAAGAAUCGAGGCAUCGCUAGCGAUGCGGGUUCUGGACACCUUCGACAGGGUAGUGGCAGAGACUCUCAAGGACAAGACACAAAGCAAACUGACCUUUAAGGGUCAUCUAGACACUUACAGGUUCUGUGACGAUGUCUGGACCUUUAUCAUAAAAGACUGUAACGUCAAGCUUGACCAAACAGAGGAUAUCCAAGGAAACACAGUGGUGGUGGACAAGCUACGUAUAGUUGCAUGUAACUCAAAGAAAACUGGAGAGUAG